AUGUCUUCAAAGAACGUCCUCGUCGUCCUCCUCUCCCUCUUUGUCGCCGCCAACGCCCUCGCCACCCCCCAUGCCGUCCGCCAUUCAGCCCACCACCGCGCACUCGCAGCCCGCGUCGCAGUCCCAGAGCCCCUAGACGUCCCCGCUCUUCCUCUCCAGAAGCGUCAGAACAACAGGCGGUGCAAGCAGCGUCCCUCGUCUUCCGCAGCCCAUGCUUCCACGUCCCCCCUCGUCGUCCAGGUACCCUCCUCCUCCGUCGCCCCUCCUCCCGUGACAACCAAGGCCGCGCCGACCACAACUCCCACCCCGAAGAAGGAAUCCACCACUCCCCCUCCCGUCCAGGUCCCGUCAACCUCCAAGGCCCCACCCCCAGCAAAGACCACCAAAGCCCCUGCCCCUGUCACUGGCAACCUCCCAAGUUUCCUGGUAGGCACUCAAACUGGGCAAGGAACUUUCUAUUCCACCGGUCUGGGCGCGUGUGGUAUCACGAACAAGGAUACCGACCAUAUCGCCGCAGUCUCCCAUUUGCUUUUCGACAGUUUCCCCCGCCUUGAUCCAGAUCAAGGAAAGAGCGUCGUCGUCACUCUCACAGACAGAUGCACAGGCUGCGCCAUCACCGAUCUUGACUUUUCGCCCUCUGCGUUCAACCAACUCGCAGACUUUGCUGUCGGUCGCAUUUCCGGCAUGACCUGGGUGUGGAACGACUAG